AUGGCUGAACCAGACCUCUGGCAGCCUUACGACCCCUAUCCAGAACCCGCCCAUCCACAAUGGAAAGCACGCGGUGUUGACGGCAACCUAAUCAGAAUCCGACAUCCAUGCUACCCAGAUGAGACCUGUGACACCCUUCUGAACUUUUGGUCCCCGGCUCACCACGAAACGGUGCGGAUUGCCUGUGCAAUAGUUGCAAGCAAUGCGUGGGAGGAGGGCUAUCUGUCGACUGAUCGCGAUGGGAACGAUCCGCUCGACAGAAACCCUGAGAUCGCCCUCAGGAGCGCGUCGUACUAUUUUCACGCGGCACAACCGAUUAAUGGCACUGCGGUCGACUACCCUGUCGUUCCCAAUUUCGAGCACUGGCCAUAUCCCUCUACGCUUCCCUCCUACUGGACCGAGAUCUCGCUUUUCCCCCAGACAGCGCAACCCCCGAUCGAGUCACAUUACUGCAGGCUUACGCAGUGUGACUAUUCUGUGGAAAACGCUCACCUGGUCCCUGCGGCGGAAAGAGAGUGGUUUGACAAGAAUUCCAUGUGCGAUUAUACGGAUUCUACCGCCAUAGACGAGAUGAAGCACCCAAACAACACCGUCCGCUUCAGGAGUGACAUCCACACCGUCUUCGAUGCCAAGCGCUUUGCUAUCGUCCCGGUCGGCCGACGACUCGUGGCGUAUUGCUUCCACGCGCAACCAGGCUCGCAUAUCGAGCGUCUCCAUCACCGAGUCGAGCUCCACAGACUUCAAAAUCCGCCCCAGCUGCUGUUGGCCCGAUUCGCAUACACUGUCUUUGAAGGUUUACGAGCGUUUCUGAAUAGACGUGUGGAAAGAAUGCUUCAGCUUCGCUUGGGAAAUUCAUUGGUGGUCGAGAAAUGUGAUGCCGAGAAGUGCCAGCAAUCUUUUCGAGCAACGGCUUCUCAAGGCAAAUCCAGAAGUGUCAGCCCAAAAAAGCGAUCAAGGUCACAGGCGGACGAAGAAACGGACAUUGAAUCCUCAGACAAUGGAAAGGAUUUGAGGGGCCGCAAGAGACAUCGCUCUGAUGAACCCAUUCGGAGGCCGCUUUCGUUCUCUCGUGAUGCUAGCAGUUUCGUCUCUGAAGAUCAGUCGAUUCCAACAUCCGAAGAAUCUCGGCUCCCUCUCCAUUUCAAAACGGAUGAUGUCCCCAUCUCCUCAUCACAGCCAAGUGCCCGUGAUCGACUGGACCAUCCUGGCUGA